GUCUUUAAACCGGAAAUUGAAAGUGAAACUGAAUUUUAUUUGUUGCAAGACUUUGAGAACAGCAGAGGAACGAAAACAACUUGAUAAAACCUUCGCAGGAGUAAAAUGGGAAAAAUCUAUCAAGUGUUAGUGAAGGGGCUCAAGGGAGAAACAACUACUGUUGAUAUUUCACAGACUGAAAAAGAGUUCAAUGAGACGACGGUUCUGGUGUUUAAAAGGAAACUGUUGACAAAAUUCCCGCAAGGAACAGUUCAAGCCGAGGAUCUCCGCCUUCUUUUUGCCAAUGAACAACUGGAAGAUGAUAAAAGGCUCUCGGAUUAUAAGGUCAUGGAUAAAUCCACAAUAAUGAUGGUGUUGCGACUGCCUGGAGGAGGAAGACGUUGCUAAUAUUGUGAAGAAAGCUGAAGCCAUUGCCAAGAUCUGCCGUCUCGAUAUUAAUGAAAACUCUCUCCUCAAUGUUGUUGAAACAGAAUGCAAAAUGGGUUUCAUAUCUUUAUCCUUUUAUCCUUUAAAAAUGAUUUAAGAAUAUCUCUAGUGGCAUUUAAUAUGGAAGUUAAUUACAUGGAAUGAGUAAACCAUCAAUUUUAUCUAUAUUUUUCAAAUAGGAAACCUGUAUAUAACUGGUUAUUUCAGUCUGGUCUCUUAUUGCUCGGAUUAUUUCCAGCACUUGGUUGGUUGAUUUUAAUAUGAAUGUACCUUUAUGACUCUUUCAGUUAUUGCAAACAUUAAAGUUCACAUAAUAUGUUUCUGCACAUUAAUUUUAUUUCCCUAUCUUAUUACCAAUAAAUAUUAUACAUAAAA